AUGAUCGAUGAUAAUUUCGUUGCGGGGGACGUGCCUGCUGAUAACAAUGCAGAGGCAAUGCCGACCAGGGUAAUGGAUGAUGUUGGCCAUUGUCAACGUGUAGCACAUGGCAGGGAGAAUGUGAAUGUCACCCUGUGGAUUGUCGGUGACCUUCACAUCUUCCCUGUCCCGUGCUACACUUUAAGAGUGGCCAACAUCAUUCAUUCCCCCAGUUGGCAUUGCCUCUACAUUGAUAUAAGUAG